AUGGAUGUUACAGAAAGAGAAGCUAGGUUAAAACUUGAAAACAAGAAACUCUUGUUUCCUAUAUUGAUGCUAAAGCAAAUUCAGAGCGAAGCUGUUGACUUUAUGAAUCAAUAUUGGUUAGAACCAGUUGUGUCGUUCAAACUUCAAAAUACUCAAGACUCACAACUGGAUCUUCUAAUAACUCCUAUGGCUUUCAAGUUUCUCUCUUUUAUCAAGGUUGCGAAUUCGCCCUCUACUGGUAAUUGCGUUGAUCAACUACUCUUCGCAUUUUAUCUCAAACAAAUGAGGCUGCAGUACGAGAUUUGGAGUGCAAGAAAGAUAACGACAAUGAAAGUCAUUGGACCAAUUGAGACUGACAGUUUCCAAAGGCAAAAUUCAAAGUUGUCAAAGGAGGUGGGAACUAUGGAUGUAGAUAUAGUUGCAGUGCUACGAAAGAAGCCUUUUGCAGUUCCUAAAGAAGCUCCUGAUGGUUUUGAGUUGUUAAAGCUUUAA